AGCGGGUGGAUCCUCCGUGGUCUCUGCUGUAGGAGCCGGGCGCUGCUGCGGGAGAAGACAUGUCCUGUGAGAGACUGUGUACCACCCUCCGAAUCAUAGCAAGCACCUUGUUUGCUUUGUCAGUAUUGGGGGCCAUUACCUGCACCUAUGUGAAGGGAUAUCAGUUUGGCUACACCGAGAAUUACCACCUGUCUUUCGGGCUGUAUGGAGCCAUCCUCGCUCUACAUCUUUUCAUUCAGAGUCUCUUUGCCUUCUUGGAACAUAGGAGGAUGAGGAAGGAGAAUCGACCCCUCAAAUUUACCAAAUCAGUUGCUCUUUGUAUUGCCGCUUACCAGGAGGACCCAGAUUAUCUCAAAAAAUGUCUGACAUCAGUGAAGCGGAUUGCAUAUCCCAAUCUCAAGGUGGUGAUGGUCAUUGAUGGCAACAGCGAGGAGGACAUUUACAUGAUGGAGAUAUUCAAUGAGCUCAUGGGUUUGGAGAACACUGGCUCCUAUGUCUGGAAGAGUAAUUACCACGAGAAGGGAACUGGAGAAACUUACAUUACCUUCAGUGAGGGCAAGAGGAGGGUGGAGGAAAUCGUUACUCAGUCUAAAUUCUCUUGCAUCAUGCAGAAGUGGGGAGGGAAGCGAGAGGUGAUGUACACAGCAUUCGCCGCACUUGGGGAUUCCGUGGAUUAUAUACAGGUGUGUGAUUCAGACACAGUAUUGGAUCCAGCCUGCACUGCGGAGAUGGUGAGAGUCCUGGAUGGAGACCCCAGUGUAGGGGCAGUUGGUGGGGAUGUGCAGAUCCUAAACCUAUAUGACUCAUGGAUCUCCUUCCUAAGCAGUGUCCGUUACUGGAUGGCCUUUAACGUGGAGCGUGCAUGUCAAUCCUACUUCGGUUGUGUACAGUGCAUAAGUGGACCAUUGGGCAUGUAUCGCAACCCCCUGCUGCGGCUUUUCCUGUAUGACUGGUAUAACCAGCAGUUUCUGGGCUCCAAGUGCAGCUUUGGAGAUGAUCGACACCUCACCAAUCGAGUACUGGGCCUUGGCUUCAAGACAAAGUAUACAGCCCGCUCCCGCUGCCUGACUGAGACGCCAAGCCGUUAUCUUCGCUGGCUCAACCAGCAGACCCGCUGGAGUAAAUCUUACUUUCGCGAGUGGCUGUAUGGUGCACUCUGCUUCCAUAAGCAUCACCCAUGGAUGACAUAUGAGGCUGUGGUCAGUGGUUUCUUCCCCUUCUUCCUGACAGGCACUGUGCUGCACCUCUUCUACAGAGGACGGAUGUGGAACAUUCUGCUGUUUUUGCUGGCUGUGCAAGGGGUGGGGGUGCUGAAGGCCGGUUUUGCUUGCCUGCUCAGGGGAUCUGCACAAAUGCUCUUCCUGUCCCUCUACUCACUGUUGUAUAUGACCAGUCUCCUGCCCGCGAAGCUCUUUGCCCUGCUUACCAUCAACCGGCCUGGCUGGGGAACCUCAGGCCGCCGCAAGCUUGUUGUUAACCUUGUGGGUCUGCUGCCUGUAUCUGUCUGGUUUGCCGUGUUGUCUGGGGGUUUGGGUUACACCAUCUACCGGGAGAGCCAGCAGGCAUUGCCUGACACUGAAUGGCCUUUCCUCAUUAUCGGCUCCACUGUAUAUGCCUGUUACUGGCUGCUGCUGCUUGGCCUCUACUUGGGUAUCGUAGUCAAACCAUGUGGCCACAAGCAAGAGCAUUGUGAACUGGUCUUCUUGGAGGCCUGAAGCCCAGGCCCUGCUGUUACAAAGCCACAUAGGGACUGCCCACUCUAUGGCACUACCUGCAUGUGUGCCGCCUACUAGGGCUUUUGAUAACGUCAAAGCCACAGGUAAUGAGUCCAGGAGCAAUAUUUUAAUUCCAAUUUGGUAAUUUUUACUUGUUUAAUAAACAAUAACAGU